CAACCCUGGAGGAUAUUCUGAAGACAGGUUGAUGCUGGCUGAGAAAAAGGUCCAGCCAUCUCCAUGAACACCUCCACUGUCACUGAAUUUCUCUUCCUGGGUGUCUCCAACUCCCGCUCCAUCCAGCUCCUACUCUUUGUCCUGGUCUUGACCUGCUACACAGCAGUCCUAUUGGGCAACCUCCUCAUUGUAGUGACUGUGCAUGCAGAGCCCCGACACCUCCAGUCCCCCAUGUAUUUUUUCCUGGCCAAUUUAUCCAUUCUUGAUAUUUCCUUGGGUUCCGUGGCUGUCCCCAAGAUGGUAGCAGACCUGGCCAGCUCUGGCCAGGCAAUUUCCUAUGGAGGUUGCAUGGCCCAAGUCUUCUUCCUGCAUUUCUUUGGUGGUGCAGAAAUGCUCCUCCUUACCCUCAUGGCUUAUGAUCGCUACAUGGCCAUCUGCCACCCACUGACAUACACAACCACAAUGAACCGCCCAUGUUGCAAGAGGAUCCUCGCAUUCUGUUGGGCUGGAGGCUUCAUCCAUUCCAGCACCCAGUUGGUCCUGGUCCUCCGGCUCCCAUUCUGUGGACCAAACAAACUGGACAAUUUCUACUGUGAUGUCCCACAGAUGGUCAAAUUGGCUUGUGUUGACACCUAUAUCACUGAAAUACUCAUGGCAGCCAACAGUGGCCUCCUCUCCCUGGUUUGCUUCCUUGUCCUGCUAGUCUCAUAUGGUGUCAUCCUGGCCACUCUUAGAGGCCACUUCAAGGAAGGUGGAGGGAAAGCUCUGUCCACGUGUACCUCUCACCUGACAGUGGUCAGCCUCUUUUUUGUUCCCUGUCUCUUUGUGUAUCUUGUACCUUUCUCCAGUACGAGUGUGGACAAGAUGGCCUCCAUAUUCUAUACCGUAGUCACUCCUGCCCUUAACCCAAUGAUAUAUACUCUAAGGAACAGAGAAAUGAAGGAUGCUAUGAGUCGAUUGAAAAACCAGUACAUUUUCUCCCAUUGUUGUGUGAAAGGAGAAAGAUGA